AUGGAGGACGACAGCAGCCCCACCAGUGCCUCCAAGGAAGUCUCCCGUCUGUGGAGGGCCUGGAGGACUGUUCACGAGAUGGUUCAGGACAGGGGCUACGAGUUGGCGGAAGACGAAGUCAAGAUCUCGCUCGAGCGGUUCAAGGCUGAAUACACGAACGAGGAUGGAACACCAAACCGCGCCAAGCUCCAAUUCUCCGCCCGCCCCUCGGAAGCCAUGAUCAAAAAGUUCACCGCCCCUCCCACGCCCUCCAACCCCAACCCCGUUCCCGAAUGCGGCACCAUCUGGGUCGAGUUCUGCACCGAAAAGGGCUCCAUCGGCGUGUCCGUCAUGAAAAAGUUCGUCACGCACUGCUCCGACAACAAGUUCAAAGCCGGCAUCUUCAUCACCGCCGUCCCCCUGUCCGCCCAGGCCCGCAAGGUCAUGUCCGUCACCUCGCAGUACACCCAGGUCGAGUGCUUCCUGGAGGAGGACCUGCUGGUCAACAUCACGCACCACGAGCUCGUGCCCAAGCACGUGUUGUUGUCCAAGGAGGAGAAGGCCGCCCUCCUCAAGCGGUACCGACUCAAGGAGACGCAGCUGCCGAGAAUUCUGAGCAAGGAUCCGAUUGCGCGGUAUUUGGGACUCAAGAGGGGCCAGGUCGUCAAGAUCAUUCGUGUGUCGGAGACGGCGGGUCGCUAUGCUUCUUACAGGCUUUGCGUAUAA